UAGAUUCAGGACACGACCUGAACCCGGAAGUUUCGCGAGCAGGAUUUGAACAGAGUGUGUGUGAUGUCUGAGAGUUAAUCUGAAACAUAUGGAGUUUAUUGUGUGGAAUAAAGUUUUAAUCUUCCUCCUGUUUCACUUCCCGGGGUUAACACACUCCUCUGAACAGAACAACGGCGGCUGGGGACUAGACUCCAGUCUUGUUGAUGAAGGGAGCUGCAACAUCGAUAUCAGAGAUGCAGCAACAAUCACACACACACAGUUCCUACAGGAAUACGCCUACACUAAGCCUGUAAUAUUAAGAGGAGUUACAGACAACACGAAAUUCCAGUUCCUGUGUUCCAAGCUGAAUAUGCUGAGGGACUACCGAGACAAAACGGUUCGGCUGAGUACGGCCAACACACACUCCUACAGGAAAGUGGACGUGCGGUUCGAAGAGUAUGUGACGUCUCUGUUGACCCCUCAGUCUGAAGACACCCUGGGCAGCGAUACUCUGUACUUCUUCGGUGAUAAUAACUUCACUGAGUGGCACUCCCUGUUUGAGAAUUAUAACGCUCCACCUUACAGCCUGCCACACACCAGCCCAGCGUACAGCUUCGGCAUCGCAGGUCCAGGUACCGGUGUUCCUUUCCACUGGCAUGGUCCAGGAUACUCAGAGGUCAUCUAUGGCAGAAAGCGUUGGUUCCUGUAUCCUCCUGAUCAGGCCCCAGAGUUCCACCCCAAUCACACCACCCUGUCAUGGAUCACACACUCGUACCCUAACCUGGAGGAACACAAAACACCGCUGGAGUGUACCAUCAGACCAGGAGAGGUGCUGUAUUUCCCUGAUCGAUGGUGGCAUGCUACUCUGAAUUUAGACACCAGUGUUUUCAUAUCCACUUUCCUGGGUUGAACACUGAGCAUCAUCAUCAUCAUCAUCCAGUAUGGACCAAUCAGAACUCCUCAUUCAGUGACCAAUCAUACCACAAGGACCAAGAGAUCUCCCCACAGUGUCAUCAUUUACCAGAUCCCCUUACUGACUGUGGACCAACCGGAUCCCCUUACUGACUGUGGACCAACCGGAUCCCCUUACUGACUGUGGACCAACCGGAUCCCCUUACUGACUGUGGACCAACCGGAUCCCCUUACUGACUGUGGACCAACCGGAUCCCCUUACUGACUGUGGACCAACCGGAUCCCCUUACUGACUGUGGACCAACCGGAUCCCCUUACUGACUGUGGACCAACCGGAUCCCCUUACUGACUGUGGACCAACCGGAUCCCCUUACUGACUGUGGACCAACCGGAUCCCCUUACUGACUGUGGACCAACCGGAUCCCCUUACUGACUGUGGACCAACCGGAUCCCCUUACUGACUGUGGACCAACCGGAUCCCGUUACUGACUGUGGACCAACCGGAUCCCCUUACUGACUGUGGACCAAUCAUAUCAGA